AUGUCGCGUGAGAUCGGAAACCGUCCUGUUCGAGUGGCCAAUUGCUCUGGCUAUCAUGGCCAGCCCGUCCUUGUCAAGGCACUAGGUGAUCCUGCAUAUGAAAUGUACCACCAGGCGAAUAUAGGCGACAUUGAUUUCAUCACAGGUGACUAUCUUGCAGGUGAGAUGGUCUAUUCAGACUUCCUUUAA